AUGGCCUUGCCGGCGAUCGCCGACGAGCUCCUGGUGGAUAUCUUCCUCCGCCUUCCCACCCCAGAGGAUCUCAUCCGAGCCUCCGCCGCCUGCGUCUCCUUCCGCCGCCUCGUGGCCGACCGAUCCUUCCUCCGGCGCUUCCGCAAGCUCCACCCCCCGCCCCUCCUCGGCUUCCUCGACCCAAAUCGGCACUGCUUCCACCCGGCCGUCCCGCCUCACCCCUCUGCGCCGCCGGCCAGCGCCGUAGCCAGCGCCGCCGACUUCUCCUUCGACUUCCUCCCCGGCUCCUCCCGGGACUGGUCCGUGCUGGAUGUCCGCGACGGCCGCGUCCUCCUCAGCAGACCCCGCCGCGCCGGUAAGGGUCUCAAUGAGAUGGUGGUAUGCGACCCCUUGCACCGGCAGUAUCUCCUGCUUCCCGAGCUCCCCGAUGACCUAGUCGCUUCGUGGAUUGACACACUCGUGACUGAAGGGCCGCGCUUCAGCGGAUCCUACAGAGAGACCUUCCUCGUCUCUCCCUGCGACGACGAGGAGGCAGCUGCUACGGAGGAGACGUCAUUCAGGGUGAUCUGGAUGACGCUGCUCCAAACUAAGCCGAUGGCCGCUGUCUUCUCUUCCGGCACAGGGCAAUGGCGAGCCAUUCCACCCCUGACUCGGAGCGAGUCGUUACCUGGCUUCGUGCUAUCGACAUGGAUGGUUUCGUUCGUGUCGCGCCAUUACGCCAAUGGUCGCUUCUACUGGAUUUCAGGUUCGACUGAAAAAUUGCUCGUGCUUGACAUCCGAAGGAUGGAGUUCUCCAUGACUGACCACCCACCCUGUGUCAGAGGUGUGAGUGAUGAUGUGGCCAUCGCGGAGGCCGGCCAAGGCAUGACUGUGAUGUUUGUGCCUAAACCUAACACACCUCGCUUUACCUAUUCAGUUUGGCGAAACAACGGUGGGAGUUCCACCCAGUGGCAGACGGAGGAGAAGACAAUCUCGCUGGAUUAUGGGUCCUUGAUCAUGGGUGCAGUGGGGAGGCACUUGCUCUUGUAUCGUGGCUCGUUCUUCAAGCCAGGUUACUUCACACAGGACGUCAACACGUUCGAGCUUGAGAGAGUGUGUGAUGCAUUAUCGAGACAAGCACACGGAUAUUGCAACUUCCCACCGUCGUUAUUAUCGUCACCUACAGUGUAA